AAGGGUAACGGCGUUCUCUAUCUCCACGCCUCUGUAUAUAAAGCUGCAAUCGCAAAACCAAGAACGCUCCUGCUUCUUCGCCUGAGCACCUGAGAAAGAUAAAAUUAGGUUUUCUUUGGCGAUCGAUGGCGAAAAGAUUAUUCGCGGUGCUCGAGUGCCAGUCAUUACUAGAGAACCUAUAUCCCUUCGUGGAUCCCAAACGCCCAAAGAACUUCCCCGACGGCGAGAGUCCAACAUGUCCAUCUCCGAACUCGGUGAUCGGGUUCCCGGAAUUGACGGAAGAGCCGAAAAGCGACUCGGAUCGGAGCGUUCUGUGCAGGCUGUGCGUUCGGUUACCGGACGGGAGAAAAGUGCAGAGGAACUUCCUCAGAUCAGAGUCUGUUCAGCUUCUCUGGUCGUUUUGCUAUUCGUUGAUGGAUGAAUCGGAGAGGAGGGAGAGGUCUUUCAAGCUGAUUCAGGCGGUUCCUGGGGAGUACAAGAGUCUUUAUUACGGAUCUGAGACGAGUUUUGAAGACUCUGGGCUUGCUAACUCGUUGAUCUCUGUGAUUUGGGUGUGAAUAACUUACUUACUUUUGAUUAUCUGGUUUUUAGUUUCUCUAUGAUUUGAACAGUUUAUAGGGUUAAGUAUCCGAUCAAAUCGUCUUCGCAUAACAUUGGUUACAAGUCAAUUUCAUUUUUAAAGUCUAUCUUCUCCUUUAA